AUGAGCACCAAGCCACGAAAGCGAUCGCGCGCAACUGCCGAGGACAGGAGGGCCGACUGUCCUUUCGAGGUCACCAUGGUGCCGACACCAGCUGCGCGCGACGACAAGGAGCACAAGGCAGUCAAACGGCGCAAAAGUACAGGCGGUGGCGAGGAGGACAGAAAGCCCCUCCUCCAGCUCUCCCCAUUUGAGCCGGCGGGCAAGUUUCGCUCGCGCGAGACGAUGGAUGUUCACUACCAUCUGGAACCGCGCAAGAGGUGGCUGGAAAUGACGAAAUAUAUGAGCUUUGUCCUAAACGGCACCAAGUACUUCAACGACCAAUUUAUAUUUAUAGCAAACGACGAAGCCAUCGAACGUCAAAAGUCGGGCAAGAUACCCAAGCACCAGGUCGGGCCAGGCGACUUUUGGGUUGCGCGGAUCCUCGAGAUCAGAGCCUCGGACGAGCACCACGUAUAUGCCAGAGUAUUUUGGAUGUACUCGCCAGACGAACUACCAGCAGCCACCGUGUCGGGCAAAAAGACUGCGGCUGGUCGGCAGCCACAUCAUGGAAUCAAUGAACUGAUUGCGUCCAAUCAUAUGGAUAUCAUAAACGUUGUAAGCGUUGUUCAGCAUGCUCGAGUCAACCAAUGGAUCGAAUCCAACGACGAGGAAAUACAAGAUGCUCUGUAUUGGCGGCAAGCAUUUGAGUGUCAGACGUCGCAACUUUCAACCAUUGAUCUUUUAUGCCGUUGCCAGAUGCCCGCGAACCCCGACAAAACCCUUGUAGGAUGUACCAAUGGCGACUGCGGAAAGUGGAUGCACCUCGAAUGCCUACGCGAAGACGUGCUGAAGCGGGUGUAUGAUCGUCUGGGCACCAGCCGACCUCAUGUUCUCGAACCGCCGCUCAUUAAGAAGGAAGAGGUAGAGGCUAUCAAAAGGGAGUCGCCUGUGGCACCACUCAGCCCACCCAAGGGAGAGGAUGAUCCACCACGGGCCACAAUUGCGGUUCAUGGCGACGCCAAUACCGACACAGUCGUGAAGCACUCAGACGUGGACACGCCGAAACCAGCGGACCCGACGCCUUCCGCAGCACAACCACAACAGCCAGAGAGACCCGCGAAGACCUUGGUCAGAAAAAAGUCAGCAAAAGGGCGCCUGAGCAACUCAAAGCCUUGGAUGGAGCUGUUUGAAGCCGACCUGCGCAUGAGCGAUGGGCCUAUGGUCUGGGAGGUGAAGGACCUCAGGCAAGGUGUGACCGGCGGGAGUAAGACAUGGACCGAGCCUGCGUCCUGUUUACUCUGCAACAACACAAUUGAAUGA